CUCCCACUCCGUCUCAGGCUGCCUUCCACACAGCUCCAGCUGUCAGGCUGCCCUGGACCCGCUCUGCACAGCCUCCCCACAUGCUUGCUGCCAGCCUAGACCAGACCUGGAUUUAGAAGGACGCUGCACCCCGGUAUCUGACCCCUACAGUGAGUUCUGAAAUCUUCAGACAAAAGACAGGCAGCCUAACCUCAGCUUGACUACCAGCAGGCUGGGCUACAUACUUACACCCAAUGAAAACAGGCUAAAUUCAGAUUCCAGCGUCUCAACGCUAACACAAACAUGAAAAUCCAGAACCAUAUACUGCAUUUGUGCCUUGGGGAGAGACAUUUCAGGAACUUGGAAUUUGGAAAGGAAUAGGUGUCUCCAGAAGUCGGUGGUCAGCCCAUUGCUAACAGCCCAGUGCUGAGUUCAUCCCGCGCUGUACCGCUCUCACCACCAGAUGGUGGUCUUGUCAUUUUACUAACUCAGAAACUAGUCUUUUGUGACUCAUGCUAAAGGUAAUUUGAGAUAAAACAGACAAACAAACAAAACAUUUUUUUAAUGCAGCAGUGAAUGCAGAGACUCUUGGCUAUCCAAGAUACAGAAAAUGAGUAAGGAUUGUUCCAGGAAAGGAUUGCUGCAGCUGUCCACUUCUGGGUGGUGCCUGUAUAAUGUGCAGAGCCAUCAGCAAAUCAGGUCGUAGUCUUCUCUUUCUCAGUCAGCCUUUCAUAGGGCACACCCCAUAAGGCUAUAAGUGAAUGCUUGGCAGCAGACAGCAUUGCAACAGGAGUAGACAAUACAUUCAUUUGGGUAACUUCUUCAUGUAACUUACCUUCAGGAUCUACUCAGGCCUGAUCAUGUAUAUAUCACUUCCAUCUAAUAAAAGAUUGCUGCUGUGCAUGUCCUACUUUAUGACUUGAUGGGUCAGAUAACACCCAGCUCAUGAUGGGCAACUCAUGUCACAUGGUAACUUGGUGACCCAUUGUCAAACAUUCAGUUUCCACUAAGGUCCAAUAGGAGGCCAAGAGCUGUCUUUUUUUUUUAACAUGUAUUGAUUCAUGUGGAUUUCACAUCAUGCAUUCCAUUCCCACUUAUCCACCUUUCCCCAGCAUCUGCCAUCUUCCCUUGCAACUUCCUCACCCCAAACAAAACCAGAUUUGAAAGGAAAACCAAAAACAAAAGAAAAAUACAAAUAGCACAAAAAAACAUACAAACAAAAGGGAGAAUCCUAUCAUAGAAGCUGUAUUGUUGCCCUUUGAGACACAGUUUACCCUUUAGUCUGUUCAUCUUUACUUGCAAGUUUUCAGUACCAUGAAUCAUUUGUCUGGCCAGAGGCCUCUGGUCUCUGUUACCCCACUAAUAAUGAGCUCUCACUGGGGUUCCUCUUUGAUAUCCUGUUGUCCUGUGUCGUGGAGAUCCUGAUGUUUUGGAUCUGUAGGUUUGUCCCCUUCACAUGCUCCAACAGUUCAUAGAUUUGGUGGAUGUUGGGGUAGACCAACUCAUAGCCCUGGUUCUGCGCCUAGGUUGGUCAGCUUGCCAGCUUUCCCUCAUUGUCACUACCUAGAUGAGCUCUCCAGCAGUGCCUCAGCCAGCCCACCCAGUGCAGCCUACAAGGGCCAGUUCUCCUGCUCUUGGGCCCUCAGACCUAGGUACCCCUCACUCAUAUCUGUAGGGCCAGCUCUACUGUUUUGUCCAGACAAGGUGCAGGGUCCUCUUUCCAGAUUGCUGUAGGCAGCGUAUGAGGGGUGGCAGGUUAAACUCUUCUCUUCUCACAUCCUCAGGGCUAGCUUACCUGUAUCCAUGGCAACAGGGUCAGCUUUAGUGUGUUGGCCAGGCAGGGUGUAGGGCCCACUCUUUUUACAUCAAGAAAUAGCUCUUUGCAGUAGUUCUCUUUUUGCAUGUACCCUGACUGCUCAAGGUUCAGCCACUUGUUUACUGUCUGGGAUCCCUCAACAACUUAGAGCUACAUGCAUGGGUCAAUGUGACAUUACUAGCCUAAGAGACACUACGUGACAUAUAUUGUGUUUUGAGAAUGGGUAGGCCCCUGAAAAUGUAACUUAUAAUUGUCUAAGUUUGGCAGUGAGGCCACAGCGAAGGUGUGGAGAGAGACGGCUAUGUAGAGCUGGGUGAAAAAGCUGAUGCCAUGAAGGAAGAGCUAUGUGAAGGAAUUGUGGAAAGAUCUGGGCAGUGAGUGAGUGUGUGUACGCUAGAGUGUGAGUGUGUGUGCACAGAAGGAGCUGAGGGGAGAACACAAAUGGCUAGGCAGGAGAGGGUGGGAGAUUUUCAGAGAGAAGUGAAAGCUGUAUAAGUGUGUGUGUGGAAAACGUAGCUGUAUGUAAAGGGAUGUACCUGUGUGGAGACAGUGAUAUUUUAAGAGAGAGAUUUUUGAGAGGAUUUCUUAAAUAGAAGAGAAAGUUGUCAGAAAUAGCGUGUGUUUUCCUAUUAUUUACCCCUCAGAUAGAAAAAGUCUAGCCCUCAGAUACGUAAGAAUUUUUCCUAAGCUCUCUCUGCAUUCAUGGAUUUUCUUGCAUUAUGCUGGUGGUAGCUGGGGGCUGGCCCCCCAUGCUACCAAUAGUCCGUGUGGUAGAGCAAUCUUCACAGCAACCCGAACUUUUUGAAGAACAUUCUCCUGUUCCAGGCCCCACACAAAGGGAGCAGAUUUCCUACUCACUUGGUAUAUGGGCCAAAGGAACACAUCCAAGUGAGGAAUGUGCUGUGUCCAAAUCCUAGUAGGCCCACUAAAGGUUGUACCUUUCUCUUGGUGGUAGGAGGAGGGCCGGGGGAAACAACUUAUCUUUCACCUUAGAAGGAAUAUCUCAGCAUGCCCCACACCACUGAACUCCUAAGAGUUUCACUGGGGCAGAAGGCCCUUGAAUUUUGGUUGGACUCAUUCCCCAUAUUCUUUUGCACAUAUGUGUUACCAAUGAGUUCAAAGUGAUUGCUCCCUCCUGCUCACUUGGUCCAAUCAGCAUAAUGUCAUCAACAUAGUGCACGAGUGUGAAAUUUUGUGGAAGAGACAGAUAUUGAGAUUCUAUCUAAAUUAGUUAUGACACAGGACUGGAGGGUUAAUAUGUCCUUGAUGUAAAAUUGUAAGGGCAUAAUGCUGGCCUGGUGAACUGAAAUCAAAUUACUUCUAGUGGUCCUUAUGGACAAGUACUGAGAAAAAGGUAUUUGCUACAUCAAUAGCUGCAUACCAUGUACCAGGAGAUGUGUUGAUUUUCUCAGGAAGGGACACCACAUCUGCUACAGCAGCUACAGUUGGAGUCACUACCUCACUGAAUUCUCAAGAGUCAGCUGUCAUUCUCCAUGAUCCAUCUGUCUUCUGCACUGGCCAGAUAGAAGAAUUAAGGAGAUGCCUUGGGAACCACCAUACUUGCAUCUUUCAAGUCCUUGACGGUCUGACGCAAGGACAAGGGAGACAAAAAAAAAGACCCCAGCAGCUGACCAGCAGGUGAGAGACCUGUGAGAAGACUGCACCACCACUGCAGCCACCCAGUGGACUCUGAUUCCACAAGACCUGCUACUGCCCAAAUUCACCUACUCCAGCAUCCUCCCCACAGACAGCCCUCUCUGGCAACAUCAGCAGGCCCAAUAGGCACAAGCACCAUCCACACCAUUCUCAUGAACUGGUGAGUGACUGGUCUCCCAGCUGAGCUACCCAACCUCCAGUCCCUAAGCCCCAGGGCACAACCCACAACCCUCCCCCUCCCAUCUCAGCCUCAGCAAGGCAGCUGGGCUCCAGCCCCAACUCUGGUGGAACCCCACUGUUUGGUGCAGACCACAGCAGUCAGCCAGCAGUUGAGACACCUGUUGGCCUGCCGCACCACCACAGCUGCCACUGACUGGACUCUGUACCCACAAGACCCACUCACUGCCCAAACCCACCCACCACAUCAUUCUCCCUUUAGUCAACUUUUUUGGUGUAAAACAUUUUAAUGUGUGUUACUUUUGUUCAUGUUGCAUUUGUUUAAGUCUGUGAAGCUGUUACUGUGCCUGUGUAAAACACCUGAUGGCUUAAUAAAGAACUGGCCAAUAGCAAGGCAGGAGAAAGGAUAGGUGGGGCUGGCAGGCAGAGAGUAUGUAAAGAAGGAGAAAACUAGGUGGAGAGGGCUAGGUUCUAGCAGCCAGAGAAGGAGGAGGACUCCAGGGGUCAACCACCCAGAUACACAGCCAGCCAUGGAGUAAGAAACAAAGAAAGGUAUACAGGAAUAGAAAAGGAAAAGCCCAGAGGCAAAAUGUAGUCGGGAUAAUUCAAGUAAGGAAAGCUGGCUAGAAACUAAGCCAAGCCAAGGCUGUGCAUUCAUAAUUAAAAAUAAGCUUCUGUGUGUGAUUUGUUUGGGACCUGGGUGGCCAGCCCCCCCCCCCAAGAAAGAGUAAAAUACUAACAACAACAUUAUCUGCUUUACUUCAGUUACUUUCCCAUUUUCAGUAGUUUUUUUUUUAUACAGUAAGUUGCUGUGGGAUGGUCUGUAUGUCAAAUUGCUCUGAUUGGUCAAUAAAUAAAAAACUGAUUGGCCAGGGGCCAGGCAGGAAGUAUAGGUGGGCCUAACAGAGAGGAGAACAGAAAGAACAGGAGUCCCUGCCAGCCACUGCCAUGACAAGCAGCAUGUGAAGAUGCCGGUAAGCCACGAGCCACGUGGUGUAGCUAGAGUUUUCCUGCCUGGACCACAGUCAGGACAAAUCUCUCUCACCUGCCAGUCCCACAGCCACUCAGACCCGACCAAGUAAACACAGAGACUUAUAUUGGUUACAAACUGUAUGGCCGUGGCAGGCUUCUUGCUAACUGUUCUUACAGCUUAAAUUAAUCCAUUUCCAUUAAUCUAUACCUUGCCACAUGACUCGUGGCUUACUGGAGUCUUUACAUGCUGUUUGUUAUCGUGGCGGCUGGCAGUGUCUCUCUGACUCAGCCUUCCACUUCCCAGCUUUAUUCUCCUCCUUGUCCUGCCUAUACUUCCUGCCUAGCCAAUGGCCAAUCAGUGUUUUAUUUAUUGACCAAUCAGCAACAUAUUUGCCAUACAGAACAUCCCACAGCAACGUAGCAAGGUAUAGAUUUAUGGAAAUGGAUUAAUUUAAGCUAUAAGAACAGUUAGCAAGAAGCCUGCCACAGCCAUACAGUUUGUAAGCAAUAUAAGUCUCUGUGUUUACUUGGUUGGGUCUGAGCGGCUGUGGGACUGGCUGGUGACAAAGAUUUGUACUGACUGUGGGCAAAGCAGGAAAACUCCAGCUACAGUAAGUAUCUAACUUACUGUAAGCCAAAUGACUUAGUGGAAAUACUAAUGUGCUUUCAUCAGAAGCCUUAGUAUCCACAGCCAACCACACCCUGCAACAUCAGCAGUCCCUCUAGGCACAAGCACCACCAAUAUCAAUUGGAAGAACAGAGUCCAGCAGUUGACAAUCAGAUGAGAGACCUGCGGGCAUGACACACCACCACUGCUGCUACCCACUGGACUCUGUUCCCUCAAGGUGCACUCCACCAGCCAACCACACCUACCCCAGCAUCCCACCCAUGGACAGCCCACUCCAGCAAUUUCAGCAAAACCUAUAGACACAAGUGCCACCCACACCAAUUGGAAGAACAGAUGGGUAAAUGCCAGUGUAAGAAUACAUUCAACAAAAUAAAGGGCAACAUGGCACCACUAGAACCCUGUGGUCCUACAACAGCAAGACCUAAUAUAGAUGAAGCAGAAGAAAACAACCUUAAAAUAACUUUAUUAAGAUAAUAGAGGCCCUUAAAGAGGAAGUUAAAAUUCCCCUAAAGAAAUUGAGGAAAUGACAAACAAAAAAAUUAGAAGAAAGCAAUAAAUCCCUUAAAGAAAGCCAAGAAAAAAUAAUCAAACAGGUGAAGGAAACAGUUCAAGACUUGAAAAUUGAAAUAGAGGCAAGAAAGAAAACACAAACUGAGGGAAUGCUGAAAAUUGAAAAUCUGGGUAAAUGAACAGGAACUACAAAUGCAAGCAUCUCCAGCAGAAUACAAGAGAUGGAAGACAGAAACUCAAGCAUUGAAGAUACAAUAGAGGAAAUAGAUUCAUCACUCACAGAAAAUGUUAAAUCCAAAUAAUCCUUAACACAAAACAUCCAGGAAAUCUGGGAAACCAUGUAAAGACCAAACGUAAGAAUAACAACAAUAGGAGAAGAAUACCAUCUCAAAGGCACAGAAAAUAUAUUCAACAAAAUCAUAGAAGAAACUUUUGCCAGCCUAAAAAAGGACACCCCUAUGAAGGUACAAGAAGCUUACACCACACAAAAUAGACUGGACCAAAAAAAAAAGUUCCCUUGCUACAUAAUAAACAAAACACCAAACAUACAGAAUAAAGAAAGAAUAUUAAGAGCUGCAAAGGAAAGGGGUCAAGUAAUAUAUAAAGGCAGACUAUCAGAAUUCCACCCAACUUCUUAAUAGAGACCCUGAAAGUCAGAAGGUCCUGGACAGAUGUUUUGCAGACACUAAGAGACCAUAGAUGCCAGCCCAGACUCCUAAGCUGAGCAAAAAUUUCAAUCAUCGUUGAAAGAGAAAACAAUAUAUUCCAUGACAAAACCAGAUUUAUACAAUACCUUUCCACAAAUCCAGCCCUACAGAGCACUAGAAGGAAAACUCAAACCAAAGGAAGUUAGCUGUACCAACAAAAGCAAAGGCAAUAGAUAAUCUCACACCAGCAAAUCCCAAAGAAGGGAGACACACACACUCUACCACCACCACCAACAGGGUGGCCUGGGAAAGUCACCAGUCAGCAGCGCAGUGGCGGGAACCGCAGCCCGGUGGCCCUGGAUCCUCCCAGGUCAGAGGAGCUGCAGGACUGGGACACGGGAGGGGAGGGACCGGGGUGCAAGUAGUUCUCUGCUGUUCAUAAGGAAGCCAGCUCUGAAGUUCUGCUGUGGAUCACUUACCCUUGUCGGUAAAUUUUAGACCAUAUGAACUGGACUAUACCUGAUUUUUUGAAUUGAUUCUCUGGUUCAUAUAUAUGUGUGUGUGUGUGUGUGUGUGUGUGUGUGUGUGUGUGUGUGUGUGUGUGUAUUGCUAUAUGUAUAUGUGUGUAUAUAUAUAUAUAUUGCUAUAUGUAUAUAUUGCUAUAUGUAUAAUAUGUUGUUUUUCAAGACAGGGUUUCUCUUCAUAGCCUUGGUAGUCCAGAAACUCACUGGGUAGAUCAGGCUGGCCUCAAACUCACAGAGAUCUGCUUGCCUCUGUGUCUAGAGUGCUGAGAUGAGAGGCAUGAACUACCACCAAAAUAUUCUUAUAAAAAUAAUCUACUAGAAUAUUUUAAUCCAUCUGGUGAUAUUUGCAAACAUGGUUCUCUUUGCUUUGGUGGAAAGAACAAAGUUCUUGAAGUUUACAUUCAUCCACGCUAACUUUCAUGUUAUAGGUGGUACCUGAAGAUAAAGCAUAACUGGAGAACUUUUGGAUAUUAGUCAGGAAAGGAAGUGUAAGGUUUUUUCUUUAGAGGAAGGGCAUGUUGUAACACAAAGUCACACCAGGCAACAACACUCAGAUUUAUUGGAGACACAGAACAGUGGCUGCCACUGUAAGGAAAGAGAGACAUCGGAGGCCUGAGUGGAGUGUCGGGCUUUUAUAGCUUCUUUGUAGCCUGUGCAGUGACCUAGUGGAAAAGUACGAUGGGGAUGAAAGUAUUGUUUGACGAUGAAGGCUGAAACAUUGGCCAUUAACAGGGACUCAGAGUGGGGAUUUCCAAGACUCUUGAGUUUCUGGGCAGGCCGGAGACAGGGUAAUUUUCCACUGGCCUAUUACCCUGGAGGAAUUGAAACUAACACUCUGGUGACACACUCACCUUUAGUCCCUUUUAUAGUUACUGUUGAGUAGAGUAGCAAUGAACAUGGAUGAGCAAGUAUCUGUGGAGUAGGAUGUUGAGUCUUUUGAGAAUAUGCCAAGAAGUGGAACAGUGAGUCAUGUGUUAGAUUUAUUUAACUUGAGGAUUAAUUUAUUUGAUUGAGGCUAGAUUUUUUUGUUCAUGGCGUUUUUAUUUUCUAUGGUUUUGUUUUUUAUGUUGCUGCUGGUUGGAUUAUUGGGAGUAUUCCUCUCCUCUGUGAGAAUUAGUGAUUUGCUGACUUGUUCUUGGGUGAUUACUUCCUAGUUCUCCUGUAUUUCUCUAUUCCUCACAUGAAAUUUAUUAUUUCCCAUGUUCUCAUGGAUGAUUUCUCUGACUCUUCUAUAUAUGUUUUGCGUCUAAUUUAUUAUCUGCCAUGCUUUUUAAUGAAAUGAAUUGUGUUAAUUGGUGACUAUCUUGAAAUGCACUUAUGUCUCUAUCAAUUUUAGGAGAAUAAUUAUCUUUGUGCAACAAUAUUGUUGAAAGUGAUUUUUUCUUCGAGUUUCAAAUGUCUUUUCAUGCUCUCUUGGAUUUCAGAUCAUUGAGCAGACACCUAGUCAUAUUCUUUUGUUUGGGUCUUUUUGUGUGGUUUGACACUGUUCUUUACCAGCUUUCAGUAUUACUUUUUACUUUUUCUUUUUGACACCUUGAUUUGAAAGGGCAGCAAGGCAUCUAUUCAUUGUUCCUGAAAGAAAAACUCAAAGAAGAGAAAAAAUUUGCUGAUUCUCUAGUAAGAACGUCCCAGGUCGCUGGACAGUGGUGGUGCUCGCCUUUAAUCCCAGCACUUGGGAGGCAGAGGCAAGCAGAUCUUUGUGAGUUUGAGGCCAGCCUGGGCUACAGAGUGAGUUCCAGGAAAGGCGCAAAGCUACACAGAGAAACCCUGUCUCGAAAAACCAAAAAAAAAAAAAAAAAAAAAGUGUAAUCACUCAAUCUGCUGUGGGAUGGUCUGUAUGUCAAAUGUGUUGCUGAUUGGUCAAUAAAUAAAUCACUGAUUGGCCAAUGGCCAGGCAGGAAGUAUAGGUGGGACUAACAGAGAGGAGAAUUGAGAGAACAGGAAGCUGGGUGAGGGAGACACUGCCAGCCGCUGUCAGACAAGGAAGAUGUAAAGUACCGGUAAGCCACAAGCCACGUGGCAAGGUAUAGAUUAAUAGAAAUGGAUUAAUUUAAGCUGUAAGAACAGUUAGCAAGAAGCCUGCCAUGGCCAUACAGUUUGUAACCAAUAUAAGUCUCUGUGUUUACUUGGUCGGGUUUGAGCAGCUGUGGGACUGGCAGGUGUCAGAGAUUUGUCCAUACUGCUCGACCUGCAGUAUGGUGGGAAUGAGGCCUCUGCAAGUGGCACAUUAAGCUGUGUGGUGGAUUUAGACUUUGCUAGUACAAAAAAAGAGGUUUCUGGGCUACACACUGCUUGACUAAAAGCAUAGACCCAUGAUAGCUCCCGUAACACCGCCAUGUUGGGAAGCUGAGGUGGGUGGAGCCAGCCACAGCUGAUGUAGUUUAAAGUAACAGAUUCACAAUAAGACAGAUUCAGAUGUAAUAGUUUACAAUGUGUGUAAAAAUAUACGUAGGCUUGAAAGAGAGAGAAAAAGGAAUAUAUACAGUUAUAUAAAGAAAUAAAUAGUUUUUAAAAAUAAAGUCUUUAGCCGGGCGGUGGUGGCGCAUGCCUUUAAUCCCAGCACUCGGGAGGCAGAGCCAGGCGGAUCUCUGUGAGUUCGAGGCCAGCCUGGACUACCAAGUAAGUUCCAGGAAAGGCGCAAAGCUACACAGAGAAACCCUGUCUCGAAAAACCCAAAAAAAAAAUAAAUAAAUAAAGUCUUUAAAGAGACAGUAAAGGUAGUAUAAAAAAUAAGCCACGUAGAGAUGACUAUUACACAGAGAAUCUGGAUUGUGUUGUCUUUGGGAUUCUUAACUGCAGAGAGAUAUUUGAUUGUAAAGGAAGCUGAGUUAAACCAGUAUGUAUAUUUUAAAGAUACUUUGACUUCAAAAUUUGGAUGUAAGGAUAUGUUGCUUUGGAAAAGAGUCUCUUUUGUUUCCACAGAAAGCAAGAGGCUGUGGAUUUGUUCCAGAGUAAGAUACAUCAGGUUUGACCAGCCAAGACCACCUGAAAGGUCUCCGAUGACACCAUGGCCCAGAUGAUUCAACAUCCAGAACCGUUUCAAGGCAACUGGCUCAGACGAUACACCCUCAUGGACUACUCCAUAAUCCUAAAGUAUUCUUUGUGUCCCCAUAAGAUACAGCGCCCCCCUCCAGCAGGAAGUAGUAAGAGAAGCUACGCCCAAAUUCCCAAAUAUACCAAGCUGACUUUGGAGAUGUGUAAAGGUUAAAACCUUCCUUUUUAAGAAAAGAAAAGGGGAAGUGCUGUGGGAUGGUCUGUAUGUCAAAUGUGUUGCUGAUUGGUCAAUAAAUAAAUCACUGAUUGGCCAAUGGCCAGGCAGGAAGUAUAGGCGGGACUAACAGAGAGGAGAAUUGAGAGAACAGGAAGCUGGGUGAGGGAGACACUGCCAGCUGCCGUCAGACAAGGAAGAUGUAAAGUACCGGUAAGCCACAAGCCACGUGGCAAGGUAUAGAUUAAUAGAAAUGGAUUAAUUUAAGCUGUAAGAACAGUUAGCAAGAAGCCUGCCAUGGCCAUACAGUUUGUAACCAAUAUAAGUCUCUGUGUUUACUUGGUCGGGUUUGAGCAGCUGUGGGACUGGCAGGUGUCAGAGAUUUGUCCUGACUGUGGGCCAGGCAGGAAAACUCUAGCUACAGUCCCAGGUCAGUGGUCAUGUCCCUUAAUUUUCUAGAAUUGUUAUAUUUUAAGGCAUUGGAAGCCUUUAGUUUCCUGCUUCUGGUAAAUUUUUUAAACUUUUAAAAAAUAUUACAAGCAAGUAACAGCAAAAAAAAUCACUCAUUGAAAUUAGACCCAAAGACUAUACAACUCAAUGUAUUUUUAUGCAUUUAGAAUAGUAAUUGAGAAUCAAAGUUCUAGAACAUCAUAGUUGAUUUUAUGUGUUGACUAUAUAUAUAUAUUCUUCCACAUAGUAUUUUUAUUGAUUACCUGGGAGUUUCACUUCAUGCAACCUGAUCACAAUCCCUUUGGAGUCCUUCCAUAUCUGCCCACCUUUUGUGGCCCCUCCUCAAAGAAGAAAUUAAAAGAAAGUCUACUUUGUAUUAUCUAUAUACUUUCUAAGUGGCUUGUGCCUUAAAUAUUUUGAUAUUCUCAUCCACCCUGAAAAAGAAAAAAACAUAUGACUGAAUUAGAACUAGAAAAGCAACUAUCUAUAUAUGUGUUUUCAUAACAGGUGUUCAUUACUUACAUUCAGUCCUACCUCAACUCCUGAUAUUUAACCUUUCUUGUUCUCUUUUCUCCAUGUUCUACUGUGCCCACAUAUACAUCAAAUCCCUAUACACAUAUUAAUGGCUGGAUUCUACAUAUGAGGAAAAAUGUGGUUUCUUUCUGUCUCAAAAUGUAUGACCUCACUUAAUAUUACACAUUCUAAGUCCAAACAUUCUUCUGCAGAUCUUUAUAUUUUCUAAGUUCAAUAGCAUUCCAUUUUAUAUGUAAAUCAUUUUCAUUAUCCAUUCAUCUAUUGAUAGAUGAUGAGGUUGAUUCCAACUUAUUGCCAUGGUGAAUACAGCAGCAUUAACCAUAGGGUGUAAAUAUCUCUAUAGUGGGGUGUGGAGUUCCAUGGAUAUAUGCCCAGGAGUGAAAAAGGUGGGUUAUACUUAGUACUAUCUUUAUUUUUUUAACCUAUCUCCAAGCUGUUUGCCACAAUGGCUGCAUUAAUUCACAGCCACAAUGAAGCAAUUAUCUAUUUAUACUUUAUCAAUAAAAAUUCAUGAGUCAGAUAUCAGAGUAAGAACCUGAAUGACCAGAGAAGCAGAGGAAGCCCCCAGUGACCUCCUAUCUCUUCUGUUCCUCAAUCAAAAAGGCUGUGAUCCUCUCUCAGCCUUUUUACUUCCUGUCUCCUUUCUGUCCUCAGUCCUUCAAGACGUCAAUGGUUAAUUUUGGUCAGCUAGUGGCUCUCUGACUCAAAGCAAAUUUAAUUGUCAGAAUGUGAUCAAAAUAUCACACAACAUUUCUCCCUUUUUGUCUAACCAAAAGGGAAGUCUUUAACCAAUCUAGUAAAAUUAUAUAUAAUAAGACAAUACACACACACACACACACACACACACACACACACACACACACACACCUGUAUAUAUAUAUACAGGUAAGAAUUAUAAUAAUAAAGUACAAUCCAUUUGUAUUUGGCAAAUUUAGAGAAAAUGCUUCAUUAUCUGCCCUAUCUAGGUGACUCCAAAGUUUUGUAUCUAAUUUUCUUUCUCUCCUAACUUGUAUUACCAGCCCCAAACUAUCUUUUUAUGUCUCUCUAUCCUAUACACUUUACACCUCUUUCGUAAGUUUUUUCUGAAUUUGGUAACAAGGAAAACUAUAACUAUCUACUCUUUAACUCCAAUCAGAGACCUAAAAGGAUAUAAUGUUACCUGAGUAACCAGGAAAUGCAGAGCAAACAACUUCCAAAACUAAGAAAUGACAGAAACAGCUGGCUGCCUGGACAGUCACCCAAGGUUGCUCUCUAACAUUGGGGCAUCCAUCUUCAACCUACAGUCCUAGAAUAUCUGACAGAGUUUUCUGUGAAGCAGGAAUUUUGAAGGACUGUCUCAUCUUGUCUUGGCAAAGUUCUUCAGUCAUUUCCUUUUGUGUUCUGUUUGUCCAAUUUGGGCACCAUACUGUUAGCAGUCAAGGCAAGGGCAGCUUCUUAACCAGGGGCUAACUUUUGCCACACAGUAAACUCCAUAUGGAGUUUCUUCAAUGUCCAUCAUCUUCUCUGAAGUAGAUUGGUGCUGCCAGGAGUGGACUUGUUUCAUUGUCAUAAAAAACCCUUGUUAUUAAAACAUCUUAAAUGCAAUAUUCUGUAGAUCACUGAAGUGUUUUGAAGACUACCUGCCUAUCUAAAAUACAUCUCUGUUUGACCUUGAAAACAUACCUAACAUGACAACAAGUUUGAUUGUAAUAGGUGACUAACUAGUAACCUGUAUUUUUUUGUUAUACUGAAUAGUUUGUAAUAAUAACUUUCAAGGACUGGAAAUUUACAUUACAUUGGUAAAUGAGUUGCAUAGGUACAAUACCUUAAAUAAGAGUAGAAACAUGGACCUGUCGCCCCUCGCUUGGCCUGACGAGUCGGCACGGUUGUCCCGAACGCCAUGUCGGGUUCUUCCAGCGUCGCUGCCAUGAAGAAGGUGGUUCAGCAGCUCCGGCUGGAGGCCGGGCUCAACCACGUGAAGGUUUCCCAGGCAGCUGCAGACUUGAAACAGUUUUGUCUGCAGAAUGCUCAACAUGACCCUCUGCUGACUGGAGUGUCUUCAAGUACAAAUCCCUUCAGACCCCAGAAAGUCUGCUCCUUUUUGUAGUCAUGUAUCUUGAGAUUUCUCAAACCACUUUUCAUGAACCAGUGGAUAUUCAAGAGAACUAAAUUUGAAGUCUGUACAAAAGCUUCUCUAUAACGCGUGCCAUAAUAUACAAUCUUCUACUUGUCAGAUCUUAACAUCUACCUCUCUGAAUUUUCAUGGAUUUCUGUUUCACAAGGUUUAACUAUUUUAUAUACACUGGCUAUAGCAUACAAUAAAACAGCAUACAAAUUUCUGGCCUUGUUACUGUUAAUGAAAUGCACUGUAUAUUAAUCUUUUCAAUACCAGCUCUUAACUUAUAGAACAAAUGGAAAUUUUUGUUCAAAGAGUGGGAGACUUCCAGUUUCUUUCAGUUAGUUACAGGAAUUACUUUAAAUAUUCCAAAUAUGGGUGGAGAGGUGCCCAGUGGGUAAGAGUACUUGCUAUGUGAUUAU